GCGAAGGAAGCGGCCUCUUCCCCCCGCCGCCCUCGAGCUUGGGGAUGGAGGCCCGGGGCGGCUCAGGCUCGGGAGCAGAGGACCUGUGGCGACAGGACUCCCAGGAGCCAUGUUGUCAGAAGUCCUGCUAGUGUCUGCUCCAGGGAAAGUCAUCCUUCAUGGAGAGCAUGCCGUGGUCCAUGGCAAGGUAGCACUGGCUGUGGCCUUGAACUUGAGAACAUUCCUCCGGCUUCAGCCCCACAGCAAUGGGAAAGUGGGCCUCAACUUACCCAACAUUGGCAUCAAGCGGGCCUGGGAUGUGGCCAAGCUUCAGAUGCUGGACACCAGCUUUCUGAAGCAAGGUGACGUCACAGCACUCACCCCGGAGCAAGUGGAGAAGCUGAAGGAGGUGGCGGGCUUCCCCGAGGACUGUGCCGACCACGAGCACCUGGCUGUGCUGUCCUUCCUUUACUUGUACCUGUCCGUCUGCCAGAGUCAGAGAGCCCUGCCCAGCCUGGACGUCACCGUGUGGUCGGAGCUGCCCACCGGGGCCGGCCUCGGCUCCAGUGCCGCCUACUCCGUGUGUUUGGCAGCUGCCCUCCUGACUGCGUGCAAGGAGAUCCCAAACCCGCUGAAGGAUGGCGAGGCCGCCAGCAGGUGGACCGAGGAGAACUUGGAACUAAUUAACAAGUGGGCCUUCCAGGGGGAGAGGGUGAUUCACGGGAACCCCUCCGGAGUGGACAACGCCGUCAGCACCUGGGGAGGAGCGCUCCGAUACCAGCAAGGGAAGAUUUCAUCCUUAAAGAGGCCGCCAGCUCUGAAGAUCCUGCUGAUCAACACCAAGGUCCCCCGCAGCACCAAGGCCCUGGUGGCCGGCGUCAGGAGCAGGCUGCUGAAGUUCCCAGAGAUCGUGGCCCCCCUCCUGACCUCCAUAGACGCCAUUUCCCUGGAGUGCGAGCGGGUGCUGGGGGAGAUGGCGGCGGCCCCGGCCCCAGAGCACUACCUCGUGCUGGAGGAGCUCAUCGACAUGAACCAGCACCAUCUGAACGCCCUCGGUGUGGGCCAUGCCUCGCUGGACCGGCUGUGCCAGGUGACCAUGGCCCACGGACUGCACAGCAAGCUCACUGGUGCGGGCGGCGGGGGCUGUGGCAUCACGCUUCUCAGGCCAGAUCUGGAGCGGCCAGAGGUGGAGGCCGUGAAGCAGGCGCUGACCAGCUGUGGGUUUGACUGCUGGGAAACCAGCAUCGGUGCCCCUGGUGUCUCCAUCACACGGCCGCCUCCCUGGACGCCCCUGUCCGGCAAGCCCUGGAUGGCCUCUGAGAUGAAACCCCCCACCACGAAGCCCCUUCCCAGAUUAUUCUGGGCACGGUUGGCCUCUGUGCUGGCCAGUGGGCACCCAGCUCCUGACACUGACCAGGAGCCCCCCAGCCCCUCUGUGACGCCCCUCCCACUGGCCAUGCCCCCCAGUCCCCGGAGUGAGUCAGGCAGCCCAGAAGCCAUGUCUGUGUUCUACAACAUUCUCUUGAGCCGGUGGGCAGUGGGGCCAUGUGGAGUCCUCUGAGACUCAAGGGCCUCUUUCCUGUCCUCCCUGAAGUGCCCACAGACCCACAAAUUCCCUGGCAGAGCUGCUUGGAUCCCAGAUGCAGGGGUCUGGUUCCCAGAGCAGCAGGCCUUCUCCCUCCCUCCACCUCUGCUCACCUCCCCCAGGAAGCCUUCCCAGGCUGUUCUCUCCAGCUAGAUUGUGGGUGCCCCCAGGGAGUGUCCGGGUGGUGGUCUUUGCCUUCUACCCUGCAUCCCGAGGGUUGGCCAAAGGCAGGGUUGAUGUUCAGUUUCUUCUGGUCUGAACCCAAGGGGUUUGCAGAAAAGAUGGCAAAGGGGGGAAUAAAAAGAUCUUGAGUAAA